AUGCCCAAGGAUGGCCACGCUGAGCCAGUGAAGGACGGGUCCGUCCAGUACAUUAGCGCAUUUGAUGAUGCUGCCAAGCAAAUAUCGAUAGACGUUCUCACGAAGGCCACACGGCAGGUCGAGUCCAAUGAUCACGAAGUCCUACUCUCUAUGGCCCGCAAUGCAGAGCGUCGACGCCUGGACAGUCCGAAUAAUGUCCCAUUUAUAGCAAUGGUCAUGCUCAUACUGACUCUAUUUUCUAUUGCCUUCUACCAAAUAGUCUCUAUGGAUGCAAAUAGUACACGCUACAUGUGA